GACCUCUUCAAACUCAAGGUUUCCCCAAGGUCGUUCCUAGGCGAUUGUCUGUCUUUCCACGUAAACUUUUUCCAGAAAUUUUCCAUGUCUGAGGCGGUAGAAACAUGUUCGAGGGAAGAAUGGAAUGUCGAUGGUGGUGAGCUACAGUUGGCACAGGACUUUGAAGUCAUUGACCUUGAGGACUUCGAUUCUGGUCCAGUUGAUAACUUAGAGACGGAUGAUUCAUCAUAUAUGUCUUCUUUUCUCAAUGGCCUUGUGACUGACGAAACUCUUUAUUCAAGAUACUUGAAUGGAGUUAUUAGUUUCGAUGAUCUAAUGCGUGAAAUGCAUCACUCUACUAAUGUUGACGAUGAAUACUUCGGGAGUAGCGACUCGGAUUGUUCUAGUAAAAACAAUGAUCCAGAAUAUAUUCCACGUUUCAGGAGAUCUAAUCGACGGCAAAGUUAUGAUACACCUGUAAAGAAAAAGACGAAAACGAGAGGAUCACUUAUUACAAAGCGUGCUCGCUUGCCAAUUGAAUUAGCACAGUAUCUCGGAGAAGCUGAAAGACAUCUAAACAAUGACGAAUUUGAUCAUGCUGAACGGAUAUGUUAUGAGAUCAUUGAUACAGCUUCUCAGGCAUCCCAACCGUAUAUUGUUCUGGCUGAAAUAAGUUUCCGUCGAGGGAACCAAGAAAAAGCUAAAGAAUUCUUGUAUGAAGCUGCUCAAAGGAACCCAUCCGAUAAAAAUACAUGGCUCACUCUUGUUGAUUGGGCUGAAGAAGCUGGUGAUUAUCCGCUGGCGAUCCACUAUGCACGCCAGGCCCUUAGAAGAGAUCGAGCCGACACAUGUUUGCGUCAACGCCUGAUCUACUUGUGCCAAACCGCUGGUCGAAGUAGAGAUGCUCUACAAUUACGCUUAGCUGCUCUUACAGUUACUCCGGAACCUACCGGCGAAGAACAGUUUGAAGUUGCCCGAGAAUUAGCUGAUCAAUUUUUCAAACUGCUUGAUCCAUACAAUUCAGUGAAAGCGUAUGAAAAUGCCUUCGAGCAAUAUCCCAAACAUGGAACAGAUAAUGAUAGAAAUUCCGCUUUAUCAAUUUUGCUUCAAAUGAAACGUUACGAUCACGCGCUUAAGUUUUUCACUAGUUUCUGCGGUGUUAAGUUGUAUUUAAAGUCUGGAGAAUUAUUUGACAUGAACAAACAUUCAUCUAAGCUGACAUCUGUUGAUAAUUUUGAAAAAUUUCAUCUACAUGAUAAGAUUUCAAUGGAGUUAAAGUUGAAGUUAUUUCUCGUUCUUGCACAUCUUGGUCUUGGUACUUUAAUCGAGUCUUGCAUUGGACUCGUAUAUACAAAUGAAAAUAUAUCGAAAUAUUCCAGCUGGCUGAUAGACAUAGUUAUAGCGUAUAAAGAAAAGAAUUUGCACACUAUAGCAAUUCCGUUACUACUAAGGCUAACAAAAUCAAAUGUUACCUGUAAGAUGGUACAAAUUUGGACGUUGCUUGCAGAGUCCUAUUUAGAGGCUGGAGAAACUGAGUCUGCCAUCAAAGCUUAUCGUCAUGUGACAGAAAACCUCAACCCGCGAGAUACAGAUGCGCGUCUAGGUCUUGUAAAUCUUCUUAGACGCCUUGGAAGGCAUCAGGAAGCUUUAAAGUUUUUAGAUCCCAAGAAUUUAAUAAAGAAAGGCGUUAAACCUGAAAUAUCUUUAACUGAACAGUGUGAUUUAAUUGUACAGAAAAGAGAAAAAUCCCCCUUGAAAUCGGCUAAGAGAUCAGUGCUUAUGUCGCCAACCCCAAGUGAAUUACCACAGAUUUCAACCAGUGGUGAUGUGGAUGGUGAUAAUGGCUCCGUUGAAAAAGUUGAUCUUGAUAGCGACUGGUUCGAUGCGUCGGCUAAUCUUGUUUCUCGUGAUAAUGUGGCCUAUCGAUUAGCAUAUGAACGUUGCCGAAUGCUUGAUACCCCAGAAACUGUGGACUCGUUUUUAGAAGAAGCGUGGACCUUAUUAUUCAGUGAUGUGACACGUGUAUGCGGACUUCGAUUUACGCAGCUCGCUCUUAUUCUGGAUAGUGAACAGCAUCGGAAAUUAUUGACAGAUCGAUUAGCCUCGGUUGCACCUGCAUUAACCGAUACACUAUCUGAUCAAAUCGAUGCUGAACGUUCAACUACUGAAACAAAUGGUAUAAGUAGUUCAGAUAUUUGGGGAUUAUUUUUACGCGUAGUUGAUGUAUUACGCUCUCGUCUACCAAAAUCAUUGCCUCAGCUGGAAACUGCUACUGCAUGGGCGUCUUUACUACCACAUGUUCAAGGAAAUGACUUACGUCGGUUGGCUGCAAGUCAUCUUUUAAUAAGUUCAUCACUUAUCGCGCGUCAUGGGACUCCAGCAUUUUUGGAAUUAAGGAAAAUUCAGAAACAGUGGAGUGAAUAUAAUCAGUAUUGGAAUGUAAUGAAUCUGGCUAUCACUCUUUCACGAGAUUUUAAGCACUGCCGGUUUUUGGAUCGUUUAGUUACAAAGGAUAGUUUAAAUUUGGCUAUCGGCACUAUUGCCAGUAGUGACACUUUGGUUCGUGGUUCGUACCGUUACGCCAUUGCUCGAUUGAUCAAUAUGAGGGAAAAAUUUCCCGACAAUGCACUGCUUGCUUUACUAUUGGCUGUCGGCUUUCUAAGUAUGUCAAUGCAGAAACAUAUUGGUUCUCGACAUCUUGCUAUUUUACAAGCCAUCGGAUUUCUCGGGGAGUACAAACGUCUGCGUGGUAAUUGUCAAGAAGUAUAUUAUAAUAUAGCGCGUGCUUGUCAUCAACUUCUCAUUACUCAUGUGGCUAUUCACUACUAUGAGAAAGUUCUUGCCAUGAAACCUGUUGGAAAAACUCAAGAAGAGAGAUCUGUAAGUUAUUUGUGUGUUGUUGUUUGUAUUCCUUUCUAUGAUUGUUGUAUUGUGGGUAUUUGUUUAUUCAAUUUCUUCUUAUUACUAGUAUAAACAUUACUCGUUGUAUCCAUUGAAAGUUUUCCUAAAAAUUCUGAGUUUAACUACUUUUUUAACGUGCUGUUACAAAGUGUAACACAAGUUUAUUAAAUGAUUAAUUUCAAGGUAAGCAUACAUGUAUUUCAGGAUGUUAUCUUCUAAAUUGUAGCUAAAAAUUUACCCAAUAUGGUGUUAAUUUUGAAAAUAAGUCUUUCUACUUCUAAAAAUUUAGUUAGAGGAAUGCAUACGAUCACACUUUCUAUUACAAUUUCUCUUGAUUAAUUCAAAUUUUCUCAGAUAUAUGAUAAACUGUAUUUUUAGUUAUUUUUGCUCAGCCCUAUUUUUCGUGUUAUAGUUUCAUAGAAUUGAAUUUUGAGAAUUCGGAAUUAUUUUAGUGUCAUUUGAAGAAUCUCGAAUGACUUUCAGUGUACACGGGUUUUCGGCUAUGCCCGUUCAUAGUUAUGAUACAUCCCAUAAUAGAGUAGUUAAGUUUAUCUUGACUACGGUAACAGCAUUAUUGGUUAACUGUUUUAAAUGUGUUGAAAAAUAUCAUCCUGUAGUAUAAUAUGCCAUAACUUUUUGUCAAUCGAAUAGCUAUCUUCAGACAGCGUAAUUGGUAGUAAACUAAAUGCGGUGUAAUAGAUAUAACACUUUGACUUUGGAUGUUAGGAGUCAAUCGUAGUACUAAUUGACACUGAUAAGUAAGAAGUACAUGCUAUUUUUUGUUAUUCAUGUUUAUUUGUGGUCCUUUUAUAAUUACAUCUUUCGAAAAUGUAUCACUUUUAUCAAGAAUUCAGCAUAUAGUAACUUCGCUUGAAUGUUCUUUUUCUACUUUGAUUUUACAUUGUUGAUCUCUUCAUUGGUAUUGAACAUCAUUCAAUCGCAAGUUGUCCUUCUCCAUCACUCUCAGCUUUUUGCUUUUUAUUCUCUAGUUUACGAAUCUACACAGAGAAGCUGCUUUCAAUUUGGCCUUAAUUUAUAGAUCAAAUGGUAAUCCCUCCAUGGCUCGUCAUAUAUUACAAAAGUACCUUGUCAUAUAAAAGAAUGUGUAUAUAGACCUAUUUUACAUGAUAUUUCUUCUCUCUGUACAUACACUAAUGUAAAUACACAUCAAGUUCCUACUGUAAUUUCUAACUUUUCUUUAAACUCAUAAUAAAUUCUCGAAAUCAGCUUUAAGAACCUAACUUUGAACUGUGAAAGAAUCGAUGGUUAAUUAAUUUAUCCUCUUGGAAAUAAUACAUACAGCUCAUAUCAAAAUUUCUUGAUUUCAUUUUUACCUACAUGGAUGAUUUGGAGUUCACUGUUUAUUUAUUUUUUCCAGUUCUUUUUUAUUGAUUUUAUCUCCUGUCCCUGGUACAUAUUUGGCGAUUUUAUCUGCAAAAUAUUUUCCGUUUUAUUGUGAUUUUCUAGAAGUAUGGUAUGAACGCUUGUCUUAAUGCUUUGGAAAGGCUUUUCUCUUCAUAAGAUGUUGUGAAUCCGUGUAGACAAUUUGAAAAGGAUGUUGUUUGAUCUCAGAUUGUUUGGAUGUCGCAAAAUGUGUUUAUUGAUUGAAAUGUAAUUAAAAAAAUAUUUCAGUAACGCUUCAAAUUUUGUUUGUCUCUUUUUUGUGUUCGUACUAAACAGAGGUAGAGUUCUAUAAAAUGUCUGAUUUUGCAUCACUACAAGAGGC